UGCCGGCGAUGCCUCACGACUCCUGCCGUAAAGGUCGCAGGUGGCGCAUGCGCAGCUCCUCUCCCUUUCGGAAUCUGGACGCGGUAGUCGUUGUGGGGUCUCCUGGUUCCACGGGUCCGUCGUCGCCAUGGUGAAGCUGAGCAAAGAAGCCAAACAGAGGCUGCAGCAGCUCUUCAAGGGCGGCCAGUUUGCCAUCCGCUGGGGCUUUAUUCCUCUCGUGAUUUACCUGGGAUUUACGAGGGGUGCAGAUCCUGGAAUGCCUGAGCCAUCAGUUUUAAGCCUGCUUUGGGGAUAAAGGACUGUUUGGUCAUCUGGAUUUGGAAGCAAUCCAACAUGGAAGGUGUGUACUCUGGCUGGAUAAGAAAGACAUCGUUUCAACGCAUCUGUGGCAGAGUGGAGUCUGUACUGACUUAAGAUAGACUGUCAAAAUAAAUAUUUUUAACAAUGUUA